CAAGGCUUCAAGAGGUGGUGGUGGUGAAGAGGAAGUACCUCACCUCCGGCAGCGCGGGGAUGUGAACCUGUACGCCUUCGCACCGGGGAGCACGUCGCAAGCGGCGGCGCUUGCGUGCGUGCGUGCGCGAUGUCCACCGGGGAGAUGGAGGAGCCGGCGGACGAGCAGAUCAGCCUGUCGACGGGGAAGCAGCUGUCGGACCUGCUGCGUGAGCUGAGCGCCUUGUGGCUGCGCGGUUCCUUCUGCGACGCCGUCGUAGAGGUGCAGAGCCGGCGCUACCUCGCGCACAAGGCCGUGCUGAGCAGCACCUGCACCUACUUUCGCGGCAUCUUCCUCGACACGCCCUGCAGCAACAUGGGGCCCUUCGUGGUGGACUUCCUCACGGAGAAGACCUUCGACCAGGUCCUGGACUUCGUCUACAAGGGCAAUGUGAGCGUCGGACGGGAAGACCUCCGCGAGCUGCUCAAAGCUGCCCAGAGCUUAGGCAUCGAGUGUCUGGAGGAGGUGUGCCGGGUGUUCGUCACGGACGACGUGGAAGACUGCUUCCCGGACAAGGACACUGACGCAACGUACAUCUCGGAGAGCGGGCAGUACGACUGCGUCGAGGAAGGCGACGACACCCCGGGAUGCAGCUACAACUCCUUCGGGCAGUGCAACGGGGAGGACAGCAAGAGCCCCCCGCCUGCCAAGCAGGCCGCGCAGUCCUCGAGCGAGGAGGACCUGCCCCAGUUCGCGGCGCUCGACAAGGAGAGCGCGAGCAAUACGGAACCGUUCCCGGACCUCUGCCUGGUGAAGACGGAGAUGCCGGACGGCGGCCAGCAGUGCUCGUUCGCGCUGUCCGACGAGAACACUCCGCAGUCCGAGUUGCAGCUCGACGACCAGAGCCUGGAGAUCCUGCAGAGCGGACAGAGCUCCAACAACUUCCUGCGCGCCAUGGAGAAGACGCUGAACAUGAUCCCGCUGGCCGGCAGUACGCAGCAGCAGCAGCAGCAGUGCGACCUCCUCAACGGCAACGCAGCGCCGACCACCGCCGCGCUGGUCUCAAACGGGCAGCUGCGGUGCCAGGCGUGCGGCGAGCACGUAGAGGAGAGCGUGUCGUGCCUGCGCGAGCACUCGUGCGGGCACCUCGACAUGGAGACGCUGGCGUGCCGCGUGUGCGGCGCCAUGUUCAGCCACAUCAGCGUGGCGGUGGAGCACACGCUGGCGCACACGGGCGUGGCGCUGUCCGCCUGCAAGCACUGCGGCAAAAAGUUCCUGUCGGAGAAGAGCCUCGCGCUGCACUACAAAAGUCACUGCCGCCGUCGCAGGCCGCAAAUCAAGGGCGGCCGACUGUCGUGGCAUCCAGACCCCGAUGCGCAGGAGUCGACGGAGAGCGCGCCAUGCCAGGUGUGCGGCGUGGCCGUGCAGAAGAAGAUGGCUGCGUUGUGGAACCACGCGCGAUUGCACGUGGAUUCGGAGCUCCUGUCGUGCCGCGUGUGCGGCCUGCAAUCGACGCGGCGCAAUCUCGUCAAGCACGGCCUCAUCCACCUGGGCGUCUUCCUCUUCACGUGUGACGCCUGCCGCAAGCGCUUUCUCUUCCGCAACCAGCUGCUUCGCCACCAGAAGGAGCGUUGUCGUGGACAGGGAGAACCGCCCCUGCCCGGCGUGCUCUCACCCUCCGCGCAAUUGCCGCUCGACGCCGCCUGCGUUUAACGGCGCGUGAUGCACUAGGGCGCUUUUGCGAACAAUCUUUUGCCGGCGACCCAUCACCGGCAAACGCAGUCAACCACGAGCGCCCGUGGCACCUCGGUUGGAAAUUACAAUAAUCUGCCCACUCGGCCAUCGCUUCGUGCAGUCCACUGUUACAAUCGCUCGGUACAAAACAUGAUAGCAUAAGCUUUGCGUACCGGAAAAUCGGUCGCAAGGCCAUCUCUUUCAUUCAUCCUCAUUGCACUGAUGUACUGACAUGAAGCUGCCAGCUGACAUGAAGCCGCCAGCUCUCAAAUGAGGAGGGCUUGCAGCCAGGCAGUCUCUUGAUUUAUGCAACCCGAUUGGAAGUUGCUGGUCAGAUUUGUUCUGAUCGUGGGCAACGCCAUUUUUACAAUAUGAAAUGCUGCGAAAACUGACACCGGUGACAAUUGCAUACGAUGAUUGGCAUAAAAUUGCCCAAGUGGAUAAUGGCAUUGAGUGGACAACGUUAACUGGGGCAUGUUUUAGGCUCAACCGUUGCUGGCAUUGCAUUUAUCACAAGCAACAACGAGACGCUUGUUGAUGAGUGUGUUUCAUGAACAGUGCUUGGUCUACAAAGCACACAAUUUUUGUUGGUCAUGUUACCUCUGUGAUCUGAUUUGAAGUCAUUCUUCCCAGUUUCCCACUAGGGGGAGCAGUGGUUGUUAUAAUUGGGCAACUAAUGUUUUUUUCCCAACAUAAAAUGGUGCAGAAACUAUUACCAGCGAGGGUUGCCAGCAACGAUUGCCCUAAAAUUGCCGCAGUAUACAAUGACCAUUCGGGAUCCGACCCUAAUCGACCUUGCGCGUUGCUCCUCGGACGGCUCGCCAACCCUAAUCUACAGACCCUAACCCACCCGACCGCCCGAGUUUCUGGGCACCAUUUCACGUUUGACACUUCGACCACGGCGGCUGUCGGAUGGCGAUCUGCAAUAAACGACAGCAGCACUGCUCCUCCCCGUGUGGCUCUUCAAUCGUAGAAGUAGAUUUUUCCAAGACAGCCUUUGGAGUGACUGGAAUUUCACAAAAAAUGUAUUAUAUUUCGCUUGUUAAUCUCUCUCUGAUUGGCGAUAGCUGGUUGGUGCGAUCAUUGCACAUUAACACUGUUGUGUUAGAUGCUUGGAAAUAUGGGUGGUUUUGAUUUUUUUAUACACAUUGUAUUUAUACGGGAUAUUACGCAAGGUUGCGCAAUGUUUAUUUAAUGCGGUGGUUACAAUUUUCUCUUGUUUUUCGCUAUCGUCUGAUUUUUGAGCACGAAAAGUGAUUGUAGUGUGACGGACGAUCAUCCACGGCAGACACAGGGUAUCGCCACCGCUUUUCGGGCAAUGGUUCACCCUGCAGCUCAUUGUUGUACAUUAACCAUGGAGUACCAACUCUUUGUAGGGGCAAGACAUGUUUUAUAAUGAGAAAUUACCCCUCCCGAGCCCAUAAAAUUAACUCUCAUUGGUUUGUCUCAUUGGUUUGUUAUGAGUAAGAAUAUAAUAUGAAGCCAAAUGUUCACAAACAUUGUGAUAAGCUUCAGAGAAUCUAAGAGUUGAUGCAACACCCAAUGUUGUUAGCCACUGGGUGCUUCCAGGGUAUAAAUGUUUAGCGUGCGUCUCUUAACAGUUGUGUGUUAAUGUGUUUAAUUUAUCUGUGUAUAUAUUGUGUGUGGAUGAAUGCAGAACAUGUACAAGAAUGUAAGAGAGUGGCUGACGUGAAAUGUUGAACUUCUAUGUUCCGCGCGUAAGUGAGAUGUGCAUUUCUAUACGAGACGGUCACUGUGGUUUCAAUAUGAAUCGAACAGGUAAUGAAGGACACUGCAUUAUUGCGGAUAAACUAGGGUUUUUGCAAUUUUCCUGUUCUUGGCUAUAGUUCAACGUGUGGCAAAAAUCGACGCGAAGGGAUCAUUGCUGUCGCUACGCCCAUGCUGAAUGGACUUGAACAAUAAUACAUAGGUGCUAGAGCAUAGGAUAUAUAAACACAAGACAAACCUCAGUUGAUCAGUUGCCAAAUGACCAAGGACCGCUAUGAUCCCACAGACUGUCAGAACACAACGUUCAUUUGCAGGGGCUAAAGACGAGAUUUAGCAGAUUGUGCCCACUCAAAUUAAAAUGGCACCUACAUUCUGUGGAGCAGUUUGUCGAUGACCAAUCAAUUCACAUGGAAAUUCAGCAACUCACGCAUGGCAUGUACCUGAUGGUAAUCGCAGAAAGCUGUAUUGUGGUGGGGGGGGGGGGCUCCUGAGGAUGGGAAACAUCAGUGAUGAGUGAUAUCUGAACUGGUCCUGGGCUCCCCCACCCCAACCCCUUCUCCAUCCAGCACACACACCACUGUGGUGAAGUAUGGUCAAACAACCUCCACGAUUGACAUGGGGUGGUAAGCCCCUCAUUUAUCAACAGAUUGACAAAGGGCUGUUGGUAAAGUAAUUAAUGUAGUUUUAUUGUAGACUUACACUGCUUUGUUUUGGCUUCUGUACCAGAAGCUCGCUCAGUUGUAUCAGUUAAGUGAAUUGCGAUUUCCUCAUUUAAUCAGUUUUCGGUGAUAACGUUCACAAAUGUUGUGACGCGGAGUAUAUUUCUUUGUGCAUGCGUGUAUUUGUUUCCCUGUCGGACACUCGUUACAUCGUCAGGAGCAGCAGCGUUUAAUGUGUCGCCAGCACGAAGCAUUGGAACUUUGGUCCAUGCUCAUUCCAUCAACCUGGUUUUGUCGUUGAACCACCUGAUUGUGUGCCAUGCCAAGACAGGUGUAUCGAUGAUGCAUUGCAAAAACCGAACACUUCAUGCGUGUGUUCAAGGGAAACGUGGAAUCGAUCGAUUUGAAUAGUAUUUUUCCACAAUAGAAGGACUGUCGGCGUACAUUUUAACGUGUUUUGACUUUCAAAACGGAGCAAUGUGUUCCGGUCGCUGUGCAAAUUGUGAUUAUGUAACAAAUAUUUCAAAUUGUUUUGAUUUAACGGAUUUCACAAAGCUUUGUCCAUUGUAUUGGAACUUGUUAUAGUGUUAUUUUUCAUCUUCUGAAGCACCGGUGGAUAAAUUCACUGUUUAUACCAUUGUUUUAAAUAUGUAUUUUGUCUUUUGAAAACUGUUAUGGGUACACUUAUUGAAAUAAUAUAUAUGUGUGUUUGUAUGUAACAAAAAUAUAUUUUUGACAAUGCGUAACGUACGUUUUAAAUUAUAACAUUGAAGUGAAAGCAACUUAGACAAGAAACUUUUAUGUCAACUAGAACUGGACGAUUCUCAUAAUUCCUAGCCUGAAAUCGUUUUUAUUUAUCUAAAGAACCUCGGAUCAGAUUCCUACUGGAUUGUGGGAAGAAUGGAAUUGUUGAGUCGUGUUGUGCAAAGCCUUGGCUUGGCUGGCCUCAUGGCUCACCAUUGAAACUUAUGGCUGAAUUUCGAUUUAAAGCUUUCGUGACUGCAGGGAUUCAUCUUCUUGGUUCUUUCGGUAAAGUCACGUAGAAGGGAAAUAAUAAAAUAAUAAAAAUAAAACAUAAUAAAAUAAUUCUCACGACGUUUCGGCCACAACGCAAGCAGCCGUUGUGGCUGAAACGUCGCGAGAAUUAUUUUAUUAUGUUUAUUUUUAUUAUUUUAGUAUUUCCCUUAUGGCUGAAUGUUUCAAUGGUGAUACCAGCCUUGGCUAGGCUAAGCAUAGCCAAAUCUUAGCCAAGCUAGAUUUGCAGUCGGAUUCCUUUCUAUUUGAAUGAUUCUUCCAUUGCAGAAUUAUUCCCUGUUAGAAUCCCAUUCAACAUUUAACGGAGAUUGUUUUUCAUGGGAAGCUCGCGUUAAACAAUCACUUCCCGUCGGAAUCGUCCAUAGGUGAAAUCAUAGGAAUACUGUAGUUUAUGAUUGCUCAGUUUUAAUGUUGACGUAAUUUAAAUGAAGUUGAGUACAUGCAUAGCAUACGUUUAUGGAAUACUGUAUCGUAUUUAAAACGGAGUGUUGUUUCUGACCAAACGAGUUUUUUCUAAGUUUAUUGGCAUAGCUGUGGGAUAGACAUUUGACAAAAAUAAUACGGUAUUCAGUACUUGAUGUAUAAAGUUGAGUUGCAGAGCAGCUAAGAAGCGUUGAGUUAAUUAACGAGUUCAUUCGUAUUUACUUGCAGUGUUGUGGUCGAGCGGUCUCCAUUAUGGCUAUUUAUAAAUUUACCCAAAGCACACACGUUGAUGCCUAUAAACAGCGAACACGAGAACGCUUGACACGAGAAAAAUUGUUGCACUGCAAAAUGUACAAAAUGCCCUUGUGUUCAAAUUGUUAUUGAUGCACAAGCGCAUUGGUCUGUGGUGUUUUUAUAUAUAUAAAACGCGUACAAUUUGGUUGUGGUUUUGUCUGUACCGUCGAAUAUAAUGAAUGGUGGCAUUGAUUGUAAAUCCUCCAUUUAUGGGAACACAAGAGGGCGUUUGGCAUUGACAUCUCGUCCACACACUGCGGCUGUUGUAUAUAACCAAUGCCCACAUCUUGCAGAAUACAACCAUUCUCAAACCAUGCACAAUCACAUCUGUGUUAACGUUUUCCAGCAUAGAAAUGUUUGUUGUGAUUAAGAAACUGUGGUAUUCAUAAUAAA